CGAGGCGAGGCCGCUCUGCUGGCCGGCGGCUGUAGGACGCCAAAGCACAGAAACGCCCAAUAAAGAAUCUCACGCCUGUCCCGUGUUAGUAAAGACUUGCACGUGUGAGUGGGCUCUCUUUACUUACUUCUCCUUUUUUUUUUUUUUUCUUAAAUAGGCGUUAAGAUGGCGCUGCUGCCUAGUCAGACGCUCGCUCAGGAGGGUCGCUGAAGCAGCAGCCUGGCUUUGAUCCCUGCGGUGCUGGAAGCCCCAGCCUGUCAGUCAGUGUGUCCGUUCACUGCCACAGCAAGAGUCGGAGGAAAUCUGCUAGCUGCUUAGGGAGGACAAGUUGCACCCAGUACGUGUCAUAUACCUUCUAGGAGACUCAGAUGAUCAUGAGCAAAGCACGCAAAAAUAAUGGAGAAAGUAGCCAGACAAUCAGAGAGGUCCUUUCAAGCAAUCAGACUCCCCCCUACUGCUUCUGAAAAGGUAAGCUCCAUGUCCAUCUCACACGUCCAGUGUUGUCACACAGCUAAUCCCUGUGGCUCUCUGGUGCCAAGAUGUCCAGUAACACACUUUCCUGUUUGUACAUGGAACCCAGAUUCCCUUUGUAUGCUCUUAAUACCCUCAUCAAAAAGGAAUUUCAUUGAUUCAUGCCCAGAGGCUUUCAGUUUCUUGAGGGGGGCUCGUGUGUUGGCAAGGAGAGAAGCUGACGGCUAUUACUACCUGGGCCACAUUGCCCAAGAGGUGAAGGGCUCCAGGGAACGCUUUUUAAUUGAGUUUGACAAAAGUCGCACUCUGAAAGGCAAGGUACGGCCUCGCAUGCAGGAAACGCCUCUCUACGACAUUCUCCACUAUGAAGAUGCCAGGCAACAGCCUCUUGCUCCAGGAGACAGGGUUUUGGCACCAUGGGAGCCUCGAGCUGAACGUUUUGGCCCGGGCACUGUGCUAAAGGUUAUGGAAAACAAAGAGGCACGUUUAGCACACAACAGAAGGGGAGUUCUUGUGAAUUUCUGGAAUGGGCAGACUAAGGAGGUGUCUUCUGACCAAGCUCUGCGGAUUCCUCUGCCCUUGAGUGAACGCAUCAUCCUAGAACUGCAGAUGCCUUUAGCAGCCAGGCAGAUGGUGGUAGAUUCGAGCGUGGAUUACCCAUACGUUGUGACACCAGGUUAUAGAGCUUCAGGCCAUUACAGACAGGGUCACUCAGACCUGGACUACUGGCCAAGGGGUCUGUAUUUGGCUCGGCCAUGCGCUGAGUACAGCUGUAGGUGUGCCUCACUUCCCCAUUGCUGCCUUGUAGCUCAGGAACCUAUGUGGCCUGCAGGGUGCAAAGUGCAGCAAGAAGAUGCUUUCAUCCCAGGAACACGCUUGAGUAAAGAAGAUGAGAAAGUAGAAGAGCAACUGUCUGAAAUGAGGAUUUCAUCUUCAGAAAGUGUUUUGAGAGAGGAAGAGAAGAAGGAAGAGAAGAGAUUGAAAACAGAAAGUGCUGCAAAAGAUGUUCAGUUUUGUCUGAAAGAGGACAAUGAGGUUCUAGAACCUAAAAAGAGUCCUCAAAGGGAGAUGGCUCACACUGUUGUUGAUACUGCUGUCAACACAGACAGCUGGCUAAUCGAGACAGCCCACAAGGAAGAAGCAGACAGAAGACAGCGGGAUGUUGAAACUGAGGCUAAUAUUAAACACGAACAUGGUCUUUUUGAGUCCAGAGUGGCAGAAGCUCUGAUCCAGCAUUCCCAAAGGACCCCUUCCCUGGGAACCAGUGCUUUGGUUCCUUUCAGGCGCCAAAGCUUCUUUGACCGAGUGAAUCAAUCACUAGAGAAAGACAGCCUGACCAUCAAAUCAGCUCUACGUGUACAAAGACUGCACAGUACCUCCAGUGAGCAAGCUGGGAGAUCCAUGCAUCUUGUAAAUCUUCUAAAGGACAAAAGCAUUAGAAAAUCAAUACCUAAUGGUGCAUCUCAGGAGAGAUGGAGUAAGAUGGACUUCAGCAGAGCCAAGAUUGAGCACAAAAGGUGGCAAGAGGAGCAGAGGCAGCUGAAGAGAGAGCAGCAGCAAGAGGCAGAUGGCAUCCAACGCCAGCUGCGCAGGGACAACCAGAGGCAGCGAUUGCGUCAGAGAACAUUGCAAGUGUUGGAGAAACAGCUGGAGCACAAAGACAGAGCUUUGCAGCACAUGGCACUGCUCCAGGCUGCUGGGGCAGAGAGGAGCAGGAAGGCAUCCUCCUUGCUAGAGGAGGAGAAGAGGAAAGCAAGUCAGAGGCUGCAGUUCUUAAAGGCACAGCAUUUGCAGAGAGAGGAGUUGCAGGUAGAACGCAAUGACAGGAGCUCUGAACAAGAGAAAGAAAGGCUGGAUUUUCUCAGGAGCAGAAUGCAGUCACGGCAGGAAACGUUGAAACAAGAAUCACAGGAGCAGGACAGGCAACAAAAACGGCACCAGGCUGCCAAAGGGAGAGUGUUCCAGAGCAGAGACCGGUCACACCAAAAGAUGGAAAAAGAAGGCCAAAAACUCUGUGACCUCCAGCAGUACCUCAGAGAGCAGAAUCUUUUGAUGCUCCGGGCGUCACUGCUAGCCUAAGGAAGCUGCUGAGAGGGUAAGCAGGCCCUCGAGCAGUUCACAGACCUGCUCUGUAUCCUGUAGGGGUGAGUCUGUGGGCUGGAGCUUGGGUGCUUGAAUGCAGUUGUGACAAGUGGAAUUAUGAUUCCUGGAGAAGCCUUUAAUCUUCCUUUCAUUGCAGCCAGAGUGCAUUUUCACUGCUCCGUCCUUUCCAUGCCUUUCUUUCUGGAGUUACCCCUCCUUCUGGAGUUACCUGUUCUGUGACCCUGCUGACAGAACUGGCUCUGCAACAAAGAGCUACCUUGGCAUUUAACAUGAAAUAGGGCCAUAGUACCGAGUUUCUGCCCCAAAGUCAUCUUUCCCAAGGCCUCCAAGGAGUCAGCACCCAUCAUGCCGAGUGUUGUAGUCUGAGGCUGUUGAAAGUGUCAUGAGGCGACUCAAAGCGGAGCAACAGAGGACCUGGGAGUUAGUGACAGAAUGAUUCAAAGGGCACAAGAUCUAGAGCGAGGCAGAGGGGCAUUAGCUUGUAGCUACUUUUGAGAUGCAAACAAGAGACAGCAAUUAGUUAAAUGAGGGCACAGGCUGUGCAAUAGAAUAGGAGGUGAAGAACAAGAAUGGAGGUCAAGACAAACCCCCUGGGAUGAGUCCCUCAAGUGAAGCAGUGCAAGCACAGGCACAGGUUACAUCCUGCUAACCCAAGUCUGCAGGGAAAUUAAAUGCAGGUCUCAAAAGGCUUCUGCUGUUGAAUCCUGGGAACUUUCUGCCCUGCUGUGCUUCUUCCAGAGCAGCACCAGAAAGCACAUUUCUUUAAGGUCAAGGACCACAUAAAAUAGGACAUGUAGUUACAUGAUGCUGUCAUAUGACUUAGCUUGAUACGUUAACGUUCUAUUAAAUAAUGGGGAAGGAGAGCUGGACACCAGCUGGAUGUUAAAAAACCCAAACCUGCAGCAAUGAAAAUGUACAUGCUAAAAUACAACGUAAAGUAUCCACUGCAUUUCCAUUAUGAACAACAGACUCUUCCAAGUCAGUUGAGAUCCACAGGGAAGAAGUCUCCCUACAUAUGACACAGUUGUGCUACUGCCUGCCAAAACUGCUGUAAGGGGCAGGGCAAGGAUAAAGUGACAUGAGGAGUGCUUCAGAAAACCUGCUAAGGCAACUUGGAGCCCUCCAGCUUUGGCUUCAGGUAAGUGUAGUUCUUCUACUGUCAGGGUGUCCAUACUGCUUGGAAUAAAUAGGCCACUCCCCUAGAGGAGGAAUGACUUAUAGAAGCCCAAAAUGCAAAGAGGAAGAUGCGGUUUUUGGUGACAAGCCACCCCUUCUAGGCAUUGUGAUGACAAAAAUGUCUGUUCUCUGAAAUACCUGCCUUUGGAGAAUCACCAAACCCAGUGGGGGGCCUGGGGGCCUGGUUUGCCUGCGAACUCACUUUCAGGCUGGCAGUCUCCAAAAGCAGGUAAUCUUAGGUCAGAAAGAUACCGGGUUAUCUUUGCAAGUAGGACAGCUGGUCCGAAUAAACAGACUUUUUGUUCACCAUGAAUAAAUGAGGAGAAUGCUACAAAGAUAAAUGAAUUGGUAAAUUGAGGUAAACAAUUAUGUGACCAUCCAAGGUAGCCCGUAGUGCUCUAAGAGAAGAAUUCCCUGUACAUAGCUACCACCUGGAGUCCACAGUACAACUUGCUCACGACUCCCCUGAUUUUCUCAGCGCACUACUGACUUUUCUUAGCAAAGCAUGUGGUGUCAGCUGCUCCUGGGGACAAGCUACCGGCCCCUCCCCUCCACUGAAAGGAAACAGCAAGGCAUGUCAAGAGACAGUUUUUUGUAACAGGAGAGGGUUUGUUUAAUGCACUGUACUCUGAUGAAUGGAGGUGCCUUCGCUGACAAAGGGGAGGAGGAGGUUAUGCUUGUCACAUCCUGAAGUGCUGUCCCUCUUCCUCAUCAGGUACAAAACACAGCAGCUCUGUCACAGAGAAUGCUAUUGCCAGCUUUGGGGAGCCAGAAAUGUGACUGUCCCUUUCAUGUGGGUAUUUAGGAAAGGAGAAUAGACAUGGCACAAUUAUUUUGCUGCAGCAGUCAGAGCUAUAUUGAAGGAUUUUCUUCUUUUGCACAAAAUUAUGCUAAAAUAUAUAUAAUAUUUGUAAUACCUUGGUUUAAGUCAAUAUAAUAAAUACAUUGUUUUUACCUAAUACCAAACUAGAUGUAAAAUUUAAAUGUUGUUGCCUGACAUUCUGUAUACACUUAGAAACAUGUGACAUUUUCUGGCACAUCACUCAGCAAAAAGCAUAAGUAAUACAAAAAUUCACCCCUUUUACAGGAACACGGCACUAGUGAUAAGAGCAGUUUCUAAAAAAACCCAACAAACUAUUAAGAAAACUUGUAAAAGGGAGCUCCUUUGAAAUUCUGCCAACUCUUUUGAAUGGCCAGCAGUUUCUUAGCAGUAAGUCUCAGACUGUGUUCCUCCAAAGAUAACUGAGAGGGUAUGGCUUCAGCUUUCCCCCUCAAAAGACAAUUAAAGUUAAGUCUCCCCUCCAGUUGUUUACAAAAUAUUCUAAGGCCUUAAUAGCUAAAAGGGGUAUUCAUCACUUUAGGAGCUGUAAUAUGCAUGAACCAUCCUGAGGUGUUUUUUUUUUUUUAAAAAAAAAGGGAAAAGGAAAGAAAGAUGAACCUACACAUAAGCUGAAGGCUUUGACGUUUUCUCUGUUUAAAUUAAGGUCUGAGAAAAUUGUAACUUGCUGCAUAUAUGGAAAUUACAUGUGAAGCAGAGUUUUGCAUUUCAGACGUGGAAUUCUCUCAUUUGGCUUAAGCUCUGUUUGGCCUCUGGGAAAGCUGGCUGAAAUCUGCUCAGCAAGAACAGGGCUGGCUGUGCCCAAGACCUGCCUAACCGAUGGACUCGGCCCAGGCUGCACACACCGCAGGGGGCUGGGCCGGGCCCCCCUGCCCCUCCAGCUGCGUGGAAAUGGGAGCAGGCAGGCUCACUACCCAGAGAAAGCCAGUGUGGGCAGCCCUUGGAGAUCUCCUUUAAUGUAAAGUUUGCAGAUUGCUUGCUUUUCUUCUUUUUUGAGUUCUUUUACACAAAAUCACGUGCUAGUAGAGUACCUUGUUGUAAGUCUAAUUAGACUUAGAAAAACAAGCCUAAAACUUAAAAGACAUUGAACUCAGCUGCUGCUUUCAUCCCUAAGCAUUUGGAAAUGGAAUAUGAAUGAUUAAAGGAAAAUACAUUAAAUAUAUUGAGCAGAAUCUAGACUUAUUUUUCAGACUUCAUUUAUAUAUCAUUAAUCAUUAUUUUAUAGUCACCAUAAACCAGCAGAUUGUCUGCUUAUGCACUUCCUCUCCAUUGCUUAACCAUCUGAAAACAGACCACUGCAGCCACCCCGUACUGCUGCAGUUUCACAUACAGCAUAUCUGGGAAUAUAUUUAGUGUUACAAUAUUUCCAGUCAUUCAUAGACUGUAUUUCUCACUAUUAAAAUACAGCCAUAAAGUAAUUUUAAUAUUGCUAUUAAAAUAACUGACUGUAAAAGCCAUGUAUGAUCUAGCUCUUUUGCUGGCUUUAUUUAACUUUAAACAUUCACAAUGUAUUUUCUAUCCAUUAGGAAAAUGCUUGGGACUCUGUUUUGCAAAUUUGUGGAAACAAACCCCAAGCAU